CACUAAUGUGCUAUCCUUGCUCCAGAAGCAUGUAAUGAGUGAUUCCGAUGAAACAGACGUGCUACUGCUUAUACCGCCCGAUUUCUUCAACUGUGAGUCUCCCGCCGUACUCACGCCCCGAACACCAGCCAGCUGCUCCUUCAACGGUGAGGAUUGUAUGUCCUAUGCAUCAUUUGCUCAACGGAGCAACGUAAAAUCGAUGGCAGGGAUAGGAAAUUACGCUAUGGUCGGUUGUACGGCCGCCGAACGUACCGAGCAUUAUGUGGCGUCCACGCCAUUCAAGCACCACCCGCACAAGGAACCCAUUAAGGAGCAGUAUCUGCUGCAUGAAAUCGAUCGAUUUCUGCAGGAUGAUGAUCCGCAAAGGUCACAGCAGCGCCAACACAGUCGAGCAAACCAAAACAACCGUCUCACCCAAAGUCCGGACGGUUCGUUGAUCGAUGUGGACAGUCUUUCGGUGCAAGACUACCCUUCGUUAACGAGAAACGAUUUCAAUGGUCUUACAAAACCGGUUUCAUCUUGUGGUCCCGUACCUCAGAAACCACCACGGAACGUACACGGUGGUGGAAUGGUAACAAAACCUUCCAGUAAAAACGGCCAUCUACUCAAUCUUAGCGAUAUUUGGCAAUCGAACGGUACCAACGGACAGCCGGAAUAUUCAAAAGUACUGCAAGAGGAGCGCCUUCGGAGACAACACUGCGAGCGCAACAUUCAAUCACUGCACGUGAAGCUGCUCGAGUAUGAGGAGAAAAUCUCGGUAGCUCUCUCGGUGGACAAAGAGAAGGUGUCCAUCAUUGCCAAUUUGGAGCAGGAAACGGCCCGGUUAACGGGUAAGCUGCGAGAGAUGGAACAUAAGCACGUCGAAACGCACGAAAAGCUAAUGGCCGAGAAUUUGGAGAUUAAGAACAAGAAUCUCUUCCUCGAGAAGGAACUGGCCGACACGCUGAACCUGGUACGAAAGCUGGAAGAUAAAAAAGAUAAUCUAGAAGCGAAGAUAGAGCAUCUCGCUACCGCCAACCGUGACGUGAACGAUGUACACCGGCAACAGAUGGAAGAUCUUCAAAUACGGCUGGCAAACAGCCGUGACAGCGAACGCCAGCUAAGGGAACAGUUGGGCAAACAGCGGAAAGCGAAUGAACAGCUCGCAACCGACCUGCAAACGGAAAAACAAAAGGUCGCUGAUGGCGUACGAUUAAGGGCAGAUUUUUGUGCACUAAAGACAAAAACGGACUCGCUGGGGAAACGGUUUGCGGAGGUUACACGCGAGAACGAAAGUUUGCAGGAACAAACGAAAUACAUGAAGGAACAGAUUGCAAUCCACCAGGAAGAAUCGAAAAAGCUACUUAAAGAGUUAGAAAUUCAACGACUUUCGCUUAAAAAAUACUACCAAUCCCAGCUCGAAGACGUCGUGUCGGACAAGCUUAAAGAGUUCCAGAAGCAGCUCGCCACCGUCGAGGAAGAGCUGAAAGAGGAGGCCAAAAAAAGGGAACGAACCUUAACCGAGCGAGCAAAGCGACAGAUCGAGUUGAUAGAUCAAAAGCGCGAGCAAGAGAUGCAACUUCUCACUGAGCGAUACAACGAACAAGAAUCGCUGUACCGGCUGCAGCUUACCAAUUCGGCCAAACGGAUACACGAGCUAGAAGAUAAGCUACGCACGAUACACAGCCGACGGGCGGACAUAGCCGAACAGUUGCAUUCGAUCAUGGAAAAUCAAUGGAAGCAAGCUCUGGAUGUGCUGAUGAGCCCGGGACAGCAAGCCGGUACAAACAAUGUUUCCCAGCAAUCGGAGGCUAAAUUUAAUCCUCUCACGCUCGAACACAUCGACAAGGACCGUCUCGAUGGUGUACGUUCGCUAAAAAACUCUCUUCUAACCGAUGAAAACGAUUCGUUUCGUACACCGGGACGCAGAAAAUCGUCCGAAUCGAACGGGAAUCCUAGCUUCCCGAAGGAAUUGCUUCACAACUACAUCGAACUGUUACUACAGAAAUCUCCAAACGAUCUCAAACGGCUAGAGGAGGUGCUUUCGAGCUGUCGGAAACAAUCGGAAAAGGAUACGACGGUACGCAACGCUGGCAAUGAAACGAAUCCGGGCAAGUUGGGUAGUGGAAAAUCGGCUUCCGCCACCGCCCUGAAUCAGCUUGGACUGGCGGGGAAAUCUUCCAACAAAACACCCCGACCGUGGAAAUGA